UGUUAUAUAUUCAAGCGAAUGACGUUGUUCUUGUCUUUAGUGUACGCGAUUGGAACGGUACAUUGAUAUGAUCGUGACCUGAGUGAUUUCGAGAUACACGCCAUGAGGAAAUCAAAAACGAAAAAAAGCGGGGUCAAGGAAAACGGCCACUUGUUCGACCCCAUGGCCGUUACUUGGACUGAGAAAUACAAUGAACAGAUCAGCAAGUACUGGAAACACGUCCCACAGAGUGUCGGGAAAGUGUUGGCCACCGCGGCUGUUUUCGCGGUGGGAGUAUCGAUCAAUGGAGAUUGGCUUAAUGUUUGGGUUCACAUAGCCAAACAGUUGGGCUACUAUAGUCAACAACAUGACGCGCCACUCCAAUGGUCAACCUUGUCACUUGAAUCUCUCAAACUGAAGAAUCUGCUCAGCUUUUGGUUUUCCUCUUGCGUCGUCUCAUACUUGAUGUAUUACUUCAUCGGAGGAUUCCUACAUUGGUACUACUACGUUCGUCAAAGAGACAGAGCUGAAGAAUGGAAAUGUCAACCGAAUAAAUGGCUGCCGCCCGAUCUGGAGCGGCACGAGAUCAUUCUGGGAUCGUGCACCCUAUUCGUCAACGCUACCACGUCCGCACUCUUGGCUUGCUACAUAUCAAACGGCGGCUAUAGUCAAGUCUACUACAAAAUUUCCGACUAUGGCUGGCUGUGGUUUGUUCUUCAAUUUCCCAUCAUCUUUAUAUAUCAUGAUUACACGACGUACUGGCUUCACAGGAUCUACCACUGGCCAUUCCUUUACAAACACUUCCACAAGCUGCACCACAAGUAUAAGCAACCGACCGCGUUUUCCGUUACCGCUAUCCACCCUGUAGAGUCGAUGCACAUUCAGAUGACGAUGGCCAUUCCCCUAUUCGUAGUACCUGUCCACUGGCUUCCAUUUUACACCUGCGUAUUCUACGCGUACUACCACGGCAUAAUCGAUCAUUCCGGAGUCAACUUCAAAGCAUUCUGGUGGCAGCCAUGGCAACCGGAUGCUAUAUUCCACGACAACCAUCAUCAGUAUUUCCACGUCAAUUUCGCUUUCAACAUUUCCCUGUGGGAUAAGAUCCACGGGACGUACAGGAGGAAGGAUCGGGUGUAUACGGAAGAGAUAUUUUACGGAGUGGGUAAAUCCAUUCAGGACGUGACCAACGAAGAACUGAAGGCAGAUUUGGAAGAGAGGAAUUCGGAAAAUCCACUAGCGUACAGGGGAGAAAUGGAAUUUAAACUGAGCCAUAACGAGAUCAGACACAUUACAAAAUCAACGAAAACGUUCAAGACAGUAAAGACGGUUUCGCGUGAGGAACUAAGUGUCGCGCGAAAGGAAACUAAAAAAAAUAACUCCAGCAAAACUUCAAACGGAAUUAGAGCGUGAAAUAUAACCUUUAAUUAAUUAUUCAAGUACAUCUAGCGCGGACUAAAUCCAAGAAAACGGAGCAUCAAUAUUAUCCUAAUAACAACACGUUUAAGGGACGUAUUUUUUAGGUAUCUAGACGGCAUAGACAAAUAAUGUAUUUGAACAGUUUGCCGAGUCAUUAUUAUACAUGUUAUACAAACGUUUCAAGAACUUCUUAAGAACGUGUCUGUGUUAUUAGCAUGCCUACUUUUAUUCUUGUUUCCGUAAUUACCCUGCAGAAAUACUCGAUGUUGCCAGUGUUCGCCAAAUCGCCCACUGAUUUUGUAAUUACGUUCUAGUUUUACUAAGUUUGUAUAUACUUUGUAUCUAAUUUAUAUAAAUAUGUAUCAUAGCCAUAAUAUUUAAAUAUACCCUUUAGACUGUUUGGAAAACAUUUCCUGACUACGAAUAAACA